UCGUGCAUCAGUUGAACUCCGGCAAAGCAAAGGCAAAACGCUGCAAUUCAGCUCUUGUUUGGACUCCGAAAAAAGAGUCGCAUCUACAUCCCUCGUUGUCCUUCCAAAUCUCAGUUUUCUAUCACAAUCUUGUGAGUGAAGUAACAUCCGGCGAUAGGUUGUGCUUUGGGAAUUCAAAUUUGUGAUUGUGUGUGUUUAUUUGAAAGGCUAUUCUGUAAUGGAGCAAGCUACAGAUUCAAACUCGGCGCAGCCAUCUGGUUCCGUUGAUAAGUCAAGGAUGUUGUCUGUGAAGCCUUUAGCAUGUCUAACGCCUGUAUUUCCAUCACCGAGUGGAAUGUCACCCAUUGGAUCGCCACAACCCUCACCCUUUGUGUGUGUUCCUCCAAAUGGCCCUUUUCCUCCUGGAGUUGCCCCAUUUUACCCAUUUUUGCCUCAUGAAUCUGGAGGAAGACCUGCUGAACAAGGGUCUUUUGGUAAUCCAAUGUCCCCAACUCCUAUAAAUUCGUUCAGAACACCAACGGUGAAUGGGACUACUACGAGAUCAAAGAGGACCACUAGAAGAGUGGUAGAAGAUGAUGAUGGUGGUGGUUAUAGUGACUCCCACAACCAGAGUGACUUUAGCAUGCAUGUUAAUGAUGAGGAGGACACCAGCACGGGAGGACGAAGAGGUAAAUAUAAAAAAAGGGGAAGGAAAAGACCUGAGAUGGAUGAUGCAUCUAUUGAAGCGUAUUAUGUACCCAUGCUUAACAAUCUUCUUGAAUCAUUUAAACUCACUGAUUUGGAUACGUAUAAGAAGGCUGAUGGUGACAAGGAAACUGUUGGCCGCAUAUUGUUGACGUAUAACUUGUUUAGAAGAAUGAUGACCCAAUUUGAUGAAAAGGGGGAGGCGGGGACAGGAGGUACCAAACGCCCUGACUUGAAAUAUGCAAACAUGAUGAUGAAAAAGGGGAUUCGGACAAAUCAAACAAAAAGGAUCGGGGAUGUGCCCGGGGUUGAAGUAGGAGACAUCUUCUUUUUCAGGAUGGAGCUAUGCUUGGUUGGAAUGCAUGCCCCAAGUAUGGGGGUAUAGAUUACAUGAGUGUCAAGCUAUCUCUGUAUGAAGAACCUCUUGCUCUCUGCAUCGUCUCAUCAGGAGGAUAUGAAGAUGAGGGGGGAGAUUCAGAUGAGCUGAUUUACACAGGCCAGGGUGGGGUCCAAAGACCGGACGGUCAAAUGUUUGAUCAGAAACUUGAAAGGGGAAAUCUUGCCUUGGAGAAGAGCCUCCAUCGUGCCAAUGAAGUUAGAGUGAUUAGGGGCUUAAAAGAUUAUAUGACGGUGGCUGGAAAGGUUUAUGUGUAUGACGGUUUAUACAAAAUUCAGGAGUCAUGGGCAGAGAAGAACAAGUCUGGACUGAAUGUUUUCAAGUACAAAUUGGUUAGAAUUCCUGGGCAGCCAGAGGUGUAUUCUUUGUGGAAAUCGAUUCAGCAAUGGAAGGCUGGUGUUGCUGUACGGGAUGGUAUAAUACUGUCAGACAUAACCUCUGAUGUGGAGAGUAUACCUGUUUGUCUGGUCAAUGAUGUUGAUGAUGACAAGGGGCCUGCUCAUUUUACAUAUAUCCCAUCUCUUAAAGACCCAAAGCCCUUUUUAAUGCCAAAACAUUCUUUGAGCUGCCGCUGUGCGGAUGGAUGUCAACCCGGCGACACCAACUGCCCUUGUCUCCAGAAAAAUGGAGGCUUUCUACACUAUAGUUCACUUGCGGUUCUCUUGACCUACAAAGCUAUGAUACACGAGUGUGGUCCUUCCUGUUCCUGUCCUCCCAAUUGCCGGAACCGAAUAUCCCAAGCAGGUCUUAAGGUCCGUUUAGAGGUUUUCAAAACAAAGAAUCGAGGUUGGGGACUUAGGUCAUGGGAUCCCAUACGUUCAGGUGGUUUUAUAUGUGAGUAUGCAGGAGAAGUCAUUGAUGCUUCUAGAGCAGGCGAGUAUGGGAACGAAAGUGGGGAUGCUUAUAUCUUUGAUGCCACUCGGAACUAUCCACCUCUGGAAGCUGUGCGAGUUGGUCAGGAUGAGUCUCCAAAUAUCCCAUUUGCCCUUGUUAUAAGUGCAAGAAAUUACGGGAAUGUUGCUCGAUUCAUGAACCAUAGCUGUUCACCAAAUGUCAUGUGGCAGCCAGUUGUGCGUGAGAAUAAUAACGAGGCAUAUUACCAUAUUGCCUUUUUCGCCAUCAACCACAUUCCUCCUAUGCAGGAGUUGACAUUCGAUUAUGGACUGAUCCAGUCAGAUAGAGGAGCAGAUCGUAGGAGGAAGAGGUGUUUGUGUGGAUCACCAAACUGCAGAGGAUUUUUUUACUAGCAGUCCUUGAGGGCUUCCAAUAUUAUCACCCUCUGCACAAGGUUGGGUUAUUAAUCUAUUUCCCUCUAAAUUACUAUAUCUUGUAGCCAUUAAUAAAAUAUAGACUUUGUGCGUACAGAAUCCACACUGCUCUGCACAUCAGCAGAUGAAGCAGUGUCACUUUCGGUUGUAGCUUUGAGAUUCCACAA